AUGGAAGUAAGGGAAUUCCUAGGAUUGGCCGGCUACUGUUGCCUCUGGGUUCCGGGUUUUGCUGAGAUCGCCAGGCCCCUAUAUGAAGCUACCAAAGAGGGGAAAACAUUUGAAUGGACUGAAAAAGAAGAAACUGCUUUUAAUCAGUUAAAAAAGGCCCUCCUAAGUGCCCCAGCCCUGGGCCUGCCAGACAUUAUGAAGCCCAUCCACCUCUUUGUAGACGAACACAAGGAAAUAGCAAAAGGGGUUCUAACUCAAGCCUUAGGGUCCUGGAACUGCCCGGUGGCUUACCUGUCCAAGAAGCUAGACCCAGUGGCUGCUGGCUGGCCACCAUGCCUAAGAAUUAUUGUGGCAACAGCACUCCUAGUCAAGGACGCAGACAAACUGACCCUACGACACGAGAUCUGGAUCACGACCCCACACACCACUGAAGGGGUCCUGAAACAGCCUCCUGAUAGAUGGAUGAGCAACACAGGUAUGACUCAUUACCAGAGCCUCCUACUCAACCCUCCACAGGUGCGGUUCCACCCCAGUGUGGCCCUCAAUCCUGCAACCCUGCUGCCCGACCCUGACCUAGAUGCCCCACUACAUGACUGUGUGGGGAUCCUGGAGCAAGUACAUGGAUUCCAGACGGAUCUGACCGACCGGCCCCUCCCCGAUGCCGAGGCUACUUGGUUCACUGAUGGCAGCAGCUUUGUGCAGGACGGACACAGGUAUGUGGGUGCAGCGGUCGUCACCGAAACGGACACCGUAUGGGCAGAGGCUCUACCCUCCGGAACACCAGACCAGCGAGCAGAGCUCAUUGCCCUCACCAAGGCGCUGAUGCUGGGAGCUGAAAAUGGCUUAACAUCUACACAGAUAGCCGUUAUGUGUUUGCCACAGCUCAGAUUCAUGGGGCAAUUUAUCAGGAGAGGGGGUUACUGACGGCAGAAGGAUGGACUAUAGAAAAUAAGCAGGAGAUACUUGACCUGCUUACGGCCUUAUGGCUUCCUGCCAAGCUGGCCAUUAUCCACGGCCAAGGGCACCAGAAAACUGAUAACCCGGUAGCUAGAGGUAAUCGAAAGGCUGACCAGGCAGCCAAGGCAGUAGCCCUUACUUCAGUCCCCACCAUGACCAUACAACUCCCGGACCCAGGAGACCCAGUUUUACCAGACCAGCCCAAAUACUUCCAGGAGGAGUUACAGUGGAUCAAGAAACUCCCGUGGCCCAGGAGAUAAAGGGAUGAUGGUAUACACCUAACAAGGAGCUCGUGCUGCCAGGCCGGCUCGGAGUCUCACUAUUAGAGCACAUGCAUCGGUCUACUCACAUGGGGGCCUGAAAAUUAAAAGACUUAAUCCGACAUGCCGGAAUCAAGAUUCACCAACAGGACACCAAAAUAGAGCAAGUUGUACCUGCCUGCAAGACCUGCCAACUCACCAACGCGAGAGCCACAUCAAAUAAAAAAGGAACCAGGCUCAGAGGCACCAGACCGGGAUCCCAAUGGGAGGUCGACUUCACUGAAGUUAAACCAGGAAAACAUCUUACCCAGGUAUGGUUUUCCUGCCAUGGUAGGAUCAGACAGUGGACCAGCUUUUAUCUCGCAGGUAACGCAGGCUGUAGCCAAGGCUGUGGGGGCAAACUGGAAAUUACGUUGUGCUUAUAGGCCCCAGAGCUCAGGACAGGUAGAAAGAAUGAAUAGAACCCUAAAAGAGACCCUUACCAAAUUAACCAUGGAGACUGGCGGGGACUGGGUGACUCUCCUACCUAAUGCCCUUUACCGGGUUAGGAACACUCCUUACACCCUGGGUUUUACUCCCUAUCAGAUCAUGUUUGGCAGGCCACCCCCUAUUAUUCCCAACCUUCAAGCUGAACUUCUUGCUGAGUUUAAAGAUCAAGAACUUUUUCUUUCCUUGAGAGGGUUCCAGAGGGCGCACGAGGACAUUUGGCCGCGCCUCCAUGCCAUCUACAAGGCCAGCCCAACCCCGACACCUCAUCAGUACAGGCCGGGAGACUGGGUCUACGUCAAGAGGCACCGCCAAGAGACCCUCGAGCCAUGCUGGGAGGGACCCUACAUCGUGGUGCUGACAACCCCACUGCUCUCAAAGUAGACGGCAUCGCAACCUGGGUCCAUCACACCCACGUUCGGCCAGCGGACCCCUGCUCAAUCCGGAAGGACUUCGUCACGCAAUGGGCUGUCAAUCGGGACCAACACAACCCGCUCAAGCUCAAGCUACAGCGCAUUCAACUCACCUAAUAUUGGUAACUCUGUUAGCUCUGCUUGUCACUGCUCAUGCUGUUGAGAGUCCCCAAGUCCCCCAAAACAUCACCUGGCAGAUCAUAGACACCAGCUCGGGGACAAUACUUAAUCAGACUUCCCAGAGCCACCCCAGGGACACUUGGUUCCCAGAACUUUGUGUAGACCUCCAAACUCUGCUCCCCUUGUCACCAUAUGCCCCCGGAUUCCAUGCGCAGAACCUUUAUUUCUAUGUCUGCCCCAGCCACUCUUGCUCGAACACAUGUGGGGACGCGGCUGACUACUUUUGCGCCUCCUGGUCAUGUGUCUCAACGGGGUACAUCUGGUGGACCCCACCACACACCGGAGAUCUCAUCGUGGUAAAGCGGCCCAGUGGCCCCCGACCACCAUAUGCCUGGGGGCGCGGUAAUCCCAUAGUUAUAUCCUUUACAAGCCAAGGUAAAAAAAACAACAGGAUGGGAGAGUGGAAAAAACCUGGGGACUCAGGAUAUACGACUGGGUUAGGCUGGGAGCCAAGGACAAGGGAACGUUAUUUACCCUCCUAAUGCAAGCAACUCCCCUUGCCCAGCAGUCCCCCAUGGGGGUAGGACCCAACUAGUUACCUGACCUGCCCCCGCCCGGAUGGCCACGCCCAGAAACACCCAGGCCCUGGCCACACGGCUCUCCACAUCCUCUGUCCCUACUGGAGUGUCAUCCACAUCUCCUGCCCCGGGUCACAACUUACUAUCUGAUACAGACCCCCUGUGGAGCACGUUUGUCAGAGCAUACCAGGUACUAAACACUUCUAGGCCCGACCUGACCAAGUCCUGUUGGCUCUGUCUAGAUGUCCGGCUCCCAUAUUACGAAGGUACUGCCAUUAAAGGCAAUUAUACAACAGCCUUCAACUCUAGCUCCUGCAGAUGGCAGCAGGCUACUGCAAGACUAACCCUCCAGGGAGUAACAGGGCAGGGCAUUUGCAUAGGCCACGUGCCCCCCGGGCAGUCACAUCUCUGUAGUGAAACCCUAACAGUCCCCAGGGAGACAGUGUAUCUACUUCCCCCCAAAAAUGCAUGAUGGGCCUGUUCCAGCAGCCUCGCUCCCUGCGUCCACUCCCAAGUCCUUAACUCCUCGAAGGAAGGCUUCUGCGUACUCGUGCAGUUGAUCCCCAAGCUGGUGUACCAUUCGGGGGAAGAAAUACUUAACAGGUUAGGCUCUACUAACUCCCGAAGUAAAAGAGAGCCCAUUACAACCCUAACUCUGGCUGCGCUCUUGGGACUGGGAUUAGUGGAGGUAGGGACCAGAAUAUCCUCACUCGUCAUCCAGGACAAAAACUACAGAACCCUAAGGGCAGCCAUUGACUUAGACAUAGAAAGAAUUGAGAAAUCAAUUUCUCAUUUACAGAAAUCCCUUACUUCCUUAUCAGAAGUAGUACUCCAAAACAGAAGGGGAUUAGACUUAUUAUUCAUGCAGCAAGGAGGACUAUGUGCAGCCCUAGGGGAAGAAUGUUACUUCUGUGUUGAUCACUUGGGGGUCGUAAAAGAAUCUAUGGCCCUCACAAGGGAAGGGCUGCAAAAACGAAAGUUAGAGAGAGAACAAUCUCAGUCCUGGUACAAGUCUUUGUUCUACUGGUCUCCCUAGUUAACUACCCUCAUCUCGGCCCUUGCCGGACCCCUCGCCAUCCUGCUCCUACUAGUAACCCUCGGACCCUGUAUCAUCAACAGGCUGGUCCAGUUUGUCAGGGACCACGUGGGGGCUGUCCAACUAAUGGUCCUCCGUGCUCAGUACAAGCCCUAAUAACAGAAGAGGACAAAAUAGAAAUGCAGCCGGUCCCAUGAUUGGGUCCAUAAGCUACAUGACAAGGGGGGAAUGAAAGAGCGGACCUAGGCCGGCCGACUCCAUUUUGUUCUAUGUCCUCCAUCUUGAGUGACUAUGUCCCUGACAUGGCCCCCUUUCCGGGGAAAACCGCAGAAAUUCCCGCUCAAACCUUAGACCAUACCUCCUCCCCUUGAGUAACUUCCCGCUCACCCGUUCAAACUUCCCGUUCAAACCACGCCCGGCAACCUGCGCAUCAGGACUCUGAACCUUCCCCAGCCAAUCGGCUAAGGACACGACCAUCACCCCACCAACUGCCCUUAGAUCCCUAUAAAACCUUUGUGCUUUUGAAACUCACGCUCUCUCUCCGGCAUCUCACCGCUGCGUCGGUGCAGGUAGGGGAUUGAGCUCGAGCUAGCUCGAAUAAAGGCUCUUUGCUUUUGCAUCGGA